ACCACAGUCGGUAACACGCCCGUCCGGCCUCUGUUUCGGUCGCGUUCAAUCUGAUAAAAGUUUUGAUCUAUUUAAUAUACGUAUUCAAGUUGAUGAAACAUUAAGAUUUUGAAUUAUGUAUUCUUAUACUAAUUAGUACCUGAUAACUCAAUUUGAACAUACAGAUUGUCUUUUAAUCGAUCGUCUUAAGUCAAAUACUCGUUUAGUGAUUGUUUAGAGAGUGAAUAAUAAUUUAAAGUGAUCAUUAGCGUUAUAGCAGAGUGUAGUUGUCGUCCAGUGGAGGUUUUGCUUCAAGUCGAAUGGGAAUUUACAAAUUUCGGUUGGAGCACAGAGAACAUGGCCGACGGCGAACCGGACGCGCUCAAAUUAUAUUGGGAACAUUUCUUCAAGGCAGAAACUGGUACUUAUGAGAAAACGACAUGGCUAGAUCUGUUUCUGGCCGAAUUCAUCGUCCGCAUCAACGAAGGCGCCGAUCCCAAAGAAUUAAUCAAAUUUUGUCCAGUGAGUGGAGUGGUGACCCUGGUCGGGUGCGAGCUGCUGUGCGGUAUCCACCGCGUGACGUCAUCCAUCAGCGCGCACUGCGGUCCGGUGCCCGACAACACCUGUUCCGGCCGGGCCCUCUCCCCACCACUUCAUGAUAUAGAACCGUUACCAAAGUCAGAAGAGGCUAAGCCAUUGAGUCUAUUCACGAGGAACAACGCUCAGUCUUCGCAGGACAUCCUCAGGAAGUACCUGCUCGGAGGAGUUGCAUGGAAGUGUCUGGUGCUACUUAAGGCUCUUGGAGUUGAGGGCCUGUCCUGCUGCCGACAGCUGAGCUCGGUCCUGAUCUGGCUGUACGGGGAGCUGAGUGGUGCCGACGGAGCCGCCGGCACCCGCGCGCCGCCCCCCUCGCCCGCCGCGCGGACACCCAUACAUCAGCUCUUCUCCGACAAAAUAUGGUCGAAACAGAAGUCGUCCGGAUCUCCGAACUCCAAGACGAAUUCAGCCGCGUCGUCUGAGAAAGGUUCCUUCGUAGUUAGGUCUAGACAUACGCAUCAAGCUAAACUCGAUUCAUUAGAGAGAAAACGUAAGGCAGCUAAGAGUUCAGAAAUCUCCUCUGAAUCUCCAGACAACGAGGACCUGCAGGUACUUAAUCGCUCUCUAGCCAUCAAAGUCUGUGGCCCGAGUGAUGACUUCGGGUACUUCAACUCUACCGUGAGGUCUUCCAAUGACUACGGCGAGUCCUUCUUCAGCGACCCUUACCACUCGCCGCGGAAAGCCAAGCCCAAGGCGGACGACUACAUCAACGAGAAACACAAGGAAAUUAUCAACUCGGAAAUGACGACGUUCGAGUUCACGUUGACCAUUAUAGACCUGCUGCAGGAGCUGUGCAAGGCCGAGAGCAGCCUGUCCGGGGCCGAGGGCUCGCAGAUAUCGGUGCAGUGCAUCAGCUUCUCGCUGCGGAACAUGUGCUCGCUGCAGUUCAGCUCGCCGCCCGUGCACGCGCGCCCCAACGACACCCGCCUCGCGCACACCAAGCUCGCGCUCACCGAGCUUCUCAUCGUGUCCCUGGACAAGGUGCUCGUGCACGCCGACCUCUGCACCAAAUUGAUCAACAACGGAACCAUGCCGAUGCUGCUGCGAAUCUUAGAAGACGUCAUCUCUAAAUGCAACAAGAACCGUGCCAAAGAUAUCGAUAAGACUGAAUCAGAUAAUUUAUUGAAGUUCGUGUUCGGCAUAGCUUACUCUGUCACUGCGUUCUUCCACUGUCUGCUGAUGCAGUGCCGGUCUGCCAGCAAGCUCAGGGAGUUCACGGAACAGUUCAAGCUGUACGGAGAGUGCCUCAAAGGGGGACUGUUGAAGGAAUGCAUGGAGCUGAUCAUUAGGAUACCUGAGACGGAAGAGGGGGAAACUAUAAUAUUGGUAAAGAAGUUAAUUGAAUCUAUCGGAAAGCUCAUUAGCGGUAUGAAGAGGGUGAGGAGUGAGGUGCUGCACUCUGGUGCCUGUUCGAGGGCGCGGCACAAGGCGUGUCGGCAGCGCGUGGCGGCCGGCAUGCACCACCACCACGACAUCCUGGGGGAGGCCGGCAGCGACCUGCCCCUGUCCUCGGCCUGCUGCGUCUCGGUGCUGUACGGCACGCUCACGUCUCUGCUGACGGACGAAGAAAUCACAGCUAAAUCUUCGUUACGGAACAAAAUAUUACGAGUGAUGUUGAACUCUGGAGUGUGCUGCUGCUUUUCGCCAGGGUUCCUUAUGGAGAGCAUAGUUCGGUUGAUGCUGACCCACAACGGCGUCGCUACACUGUGCCUGCAACUCCUCGAGCACACUGUGUACGGAGACUUGGGAGCCAGCAUCCUGUACCCCAAGAUCACCGAUCAGCUCCCGUGUUCCAUAUGUGAGCCGAAGGGCGAGAGAAGAGACCCGAACAACAGAUACUGCCCGCUGACGGCGACCGUCGAGCGGAAGAGCGUGUGGUCGUUCCUGAUACACUACAACUCGCUGCUGCAGCUGGACAACCACAACAGCGUGCUGCACGCGACCGUGGGCCACUUGCUGCGCGUCACGCCGCGCUGCCGCCCCGAGAUGAAGGCCGAGCUGCUCUUCAGCGUCAUAUACCCGACGUUCAUCGUGUCCAAACACAGAUACAUCAUGCGGCUCGAGGACGCCGCGCAUUUCCUCACCCUUUCGUGUUUGAACAUAUUCGCGAGCCUCUUGAACACCGUGUCGUUCGCGGAGCAGUUCAUCCAGAAGGGGGGGCUGAGCUAUGUGCUGGAGCUGGUGUCGCUACCCCAGUUCGCGCGCCAGUGCUGCGCCAUACUCGAGAUCACGAUCAUCGUAGAAAUCUUCAAACUAAUGAGAGACGAUUGCGGAUCGACUUACUUUCGGGAGAUGAGUACUUUGUCCUCGGUUCAGAUGUUGUUCAAGUCCUUAGCGGAGAUAACGGAGAAGUGUUUUAAUGUGUACAAACCAAACAUUCCGGUUGGUAAGUUUGAGGAGCUAUGCGACGUCAGUGACGAGAGAGAGGCGCUCCGCGCGGUGCCGAGCCGGAGGUCGCCGUGCCCCAGAACUACUCUGAGCGACUACAAGGACGGCCCGAGCCAGAUGCCAGACGACGAUGUCCUCAAGAACGCGGUGACAUUCUGGAAGACGUGCGCCAGCUUGUGCUUGUACAGUCCAAUGUUCCGGGAGUACGUGGUCAGCGAGCCGGUGUUUCUGGACAGCUACGGGCUGCUGAAGGUGCUGCUGCAACAACUGUGCAACAGGGACUACGCUGUCACUGAGAUGAGGACGUUGAUCAAGAUCAUGGAGGCUGUACUGACUGUGCAGUUUGCUGUCUCGGAUGUGACCGCAGGGAAAUCCAAAGAACUCAGUUGUAGCAUCGUUCGCAGCGUGCUGGUUCCUCCUGCAGCCGUGCUGGAGGGGGGCGGAGGCCUGCGGGCGCUCGGUGAGGCCCUCAUCCGCGUGGCUACGGCUGAACCUAGCAUGCAUCACGUCAUGCCAAAACUUGCUCAUGCUAAAGUUCCACCCCUGGCGUGUGAGUCCGGGAGCAGCACGCCGGAGUGUUCGUCCAGCGACGAGAGCACGUGUGGCCCGUACGCUAGCGAGCACAGCGAUCCCAACCCUGCCCGGCCUGAUGACGGAUACGAGGCGGACGUAGAGUUAGGUAAACUUGAUAUAAUCGAGACAUUCAAGAGUCGAAGGCUCUCUCCCACGAUGUCGGCUCUCACAGCGAACCCUGGCCUGCAGUCUCCGCCGGACGCCGCGCCCCUCGAGUGCGCCGAGUACACCAAGAACGGUGACAUGGCGCAUCCUGAGCUGUGCAUCAUUGUGGUCGACAUACUCACACAGCUCAUUGAUAAGUUGAUGGGCUCGAAGUGCUCGGAGGAGGGCGCGGGGCUGGAGCGCGUGGGGGCGGCGCUGUGCCGGGCGUGCUGCGCGCGACUGUGCGGCGCCGCGCCCCGCCCGCGCCCCGCGCCCCCGCUGCUGCUGCGGCUGCUGGCGCCCGCGCACGCCGCGCUGCUCACCACGCACCACCCCUACCGAGAAUUGCAGCGCAGUGUCUUGGAACUAAUCUACGCGUUGGCUUCCCAAAGCAUAUCGGCCCCAGAGCUGGCUGCCUUCUUGAAAUUGUUCACAGCAGAGAAGCCCCCGUUGACGCCCUUAUUGUCAACGCUGCAGAAACUAUUUUACAAUGCAACUUGCAACACGCCGGAUUGCAUACUCACUUUUCCAAUUGACAUGAACAAUAAAGAAGGCGUGCAGUCGCUGACGCAGGAGCUGAAGCAGCUGGUGCUGCACGACGCGACCUCGCAGAGCCAGCUCGCGGAGAGCUGCGCCCACAGCCUGCACGUCUCGCACCUCAGAGCCGGCGUGACGUCGUGCUGGUCGCGCGGGGCGGCGCGGUGCGGGGUGGAGGGCGCGGGCUGGGCGCCGUGGCUGGCCGGCUUCGCGCUGCUGCUGUCCGGCCUCACGUACCGACCUCACGCCUCCAAAGACAUAAAUGACAUUCACGACGAUUCCUCGGACGUGGAGUCUCCGAAGAGGAAGUCUCCGACGAAGGAAGCAACAAAGCCUUCCGAACUCUCGCAUGUGGUCUCCAUCGGACAUGACUCCCUCAUGUUCGAGGUUUGGCUGGACACCGGGACCGGCACGUUCACGCUGCGGCUGUGCCGGCCGGAGCCGGGCUGCAACCGCGUGCUGAGCGAGGCGCGCGGCGUGGGGCAGCUGGCGCCGCGCCGCUGGCACUGCGUCGGACUCAACGUCGCCGAGACACUCCGCCAGCGCCGCGUGCACGUGCAGGUCACAGUUUUCAUCGACGGCUACGAGUGCGACCCAGUAUCGUUGCCAAUUCAGGGCAUCCUGGUCCGCAAGAUCACCCCGACGAGCGUGGUGCUGGGCGACGCGGGGGGGGCGCGCGGGGCGGGCGCGUGCGGCGCGUGGGACGUGUGCGGCGUGCACGUGUACCGCGCCCCGCUGCUGUCCGCCCGCCGCGCGCUGCUCCGCGCCGCCGCCCCCCCCGACCUCGCCGCGCAGGUCCAGUGUGAUGCUCCGAAUUUCGCGCCGAUCCUCUCGCCGAACUUGCUGGACUCGAACGUGGACUGGGAGCAGAUGUUCAACGUGUCCCCGUCCGACAUGAGGGAACUCACCGACAGUUUGUUACUGUCCUUCUCGGCGAGCUCGCCGCACGUCAUCAACUUGUAUCAUCAGAACGCUGCGCUGCCCACAGUGUUCUCGGGUCGAGUUGCGUCUGCAUCGAGCGUGACGUCAUCCGUGUCUGCGCCCCCGCCGCACGCGAGCCCCGCCGGAGCCCCCAUCCCGGAGACGCUGCUCACCACUUGGACCGGAACCCCGCUCUCCAGCAGACACAAGGGCGUGGCGCCUGCGCUCUACUUACUCGGCGGACCUGAUCUGCUGCUCUAUCUCUAUGCUAGGGUGAUCGAGCUGGGGGGCACCGCGUCGGAGCAGGGCGCAGCGCUGGGCACGGUGCUGCGGGCGGCGCGCCUGGACGGGCGGCUGUACGGCGCGCUGCGGCUCGACAUGCUGCUGGCGCUGCUGGCGGCGCCGCGCUGCAUCGUCGGCCCGCACCUGCUCGAGGUCAUACUGAACGAAGCUUGCAGCAGUCCCAUAAUGAGCGUGAAUGGCGACAAUAUCAUAUUGAUGGGCAGGACUGAUGCUGUACUGCUAGAACCUUCUCUACUGGUGCUCCUCUUGAAAGCCUGGAGACACCUAGAAACUGGACAGGAGUAUAACUGGGAGGUGGAGCAGGGCGGAGCGGUGGGGCGCGGCUCCGGCUUCGCGCUGCUGCUGAGCGCCAUGCUGCUGCUGCUGCGAGACCAUCAUCCCCGGAGACACUUCAACUUGCUGCAGAUGAACAGGCUCGACCUCAUGGACUACUUGCUCUUGGCCCUCAAGGAGCGGUUCCUGAACUCGAGCGCGGGCGGGCUGUGCGCGUCCAGCGGCGCCGACACCGUGCGGCUGGCGCGCGCGCUGCUGGGCGCCCCCCCGCACCCGCCCCGCCUCGCCGCGCUGCAGGACUUCCUGCUGCUCAUGCAUCAGGCCAGCGACACAUUCGUCACUCACUCGAGGGCCAACUUCUAUUUCCUGCUGACAGCGGAGACACAGGAAACUAGCGAGUUCACAGACUCCUUCAAACGGAAGUCAUCAAGGCGGUACAGACGGACGGACGCGGCCAGGGUCCGCGCGUCCGGGGACCCGCCCGACGGCGCCUCGAGCGACAGCAACCUCAUCCUGCUCAAGGACAUGGCUCAGAGCGGACACAACGAAGAAGGGACGGACAGCAGUGCGGAGUCCACCAAACAGUUGAAGGGGAUCAUCAACGCGCAGAUUAAGGAAGGCAGGAAGAAUAUGUCGUCAGCGUCUGAACAGUCCGACGCAACUACCGAGAAGGGUGCGGAGGGGAGCGGGGGGGAGCAGCGAGGGGACGAGCUGAACGACUACAUCGUCGUCGAGCUGGACGAGCUCAACCCUGAGCCGCAAGAACCGCACGAACCGCCCGUCGCCCGCAUGUACCAGCGCCGGGUCCGCGCGGGGGCGGCGCCGGGCUGGACGGCAUGCGAGGGCCUGCUGCUGCUGCUCCGGGACGCCAUCGCCACGCUGCCCGACCACGACCUUGUACAAAGCAGCGGCGUGGCGGAGCGGCUGGUGGUGCUGGGCAAGCACCGCGCCGCCUGCGUGCGCGCCGCCAUCGUGCGGGCCGCCGCCGCCCUGCAGCGCCGCGCGCCCGCGCCCGCGCCGCCGCUGCACUACCUGCACCUCGCCAACCAGAUAGCGCUCUACGAGGGGUCGUGGGAGCUGGCGGCCUCGUGCGCGGCCCUGCUCACCAAGUGCGACGUGCCGCUGGAGGACCAACUAGAUGAAGACAUCUGGCUCGACGUGACGGAGGAGUCCAUGUACCGCAGCCCGCCGCUCCUGGCGCUCCUCCCGCGCUGCCUCCGCGACGUGCCCCUGGCGCAUAACAUCACGCUCAUCAUCAGGAGGAUCAUCGAUAAGGCAUCUAUUAAACUAAUAAGCGAAGUGGCCGUAGCGGAGGUGGUGGUGCGCAGCAUCAGAGACGUGGGGAUGAUGAGCGAGCCCGAGUUCGAGGGUCGGGAGCUGUUGCUGGGUGACCUGCACGAGAUACUCAACAGGAUCGCCGUCAAGGUCCUGGACAACGUACACCUCAGCGCGCAGCCGAUCAUAGAUAUGCACCACCUGCUGAGGUUCGCCGAGGGCGAGGGCGGGGCGGAGGGCGCGGGGCGGCGGCGGGCGCUGCGGGACGCGCAGGUGUCGCUGUACGGCGCCCAGCUGGACCGCCUGCAGCACCUGCUGCACCAGCCGCACCACCACAAGCACGCCAACUACUUCGCUAACGUGCUGACGUCGGCGGUGUCCCUGGGCGACAGCACGUCCCGCACGGAGCUGGCAGCGCGUCACCAGGCCACCGUGCUGCGCGCCGUCAACUUCCUACUGCAGCAGACGCCGCGGGAAGCCGCGCCGCAGGAGCUGGUGCUGUUCGAGAGGUUGUUGGCUACGUUACUGCUGGCGGUGAGCGAGAGCGGGCGCACGCGUCGCUGGGCGGGCGGCGCGGGGGGCGAGUGGGGGGCGGCGCUGCACGAGCUGGUGUGCUGGGCGGCGGCCCCGCUGGCGCCGGCGCGGGCGCUGCAGCCGGCCCUGCUCCGCCAGCUGUACUGCACGCCGCUGCCGCUCGUCACGCCGCCGGACCCGCACGCCAUGAGGAAGCUAGCCAUAUACAUUCUGCUGAUGCUAAAGCACAUCCACGCGGAAGCGGAAUCAAGUCCACCUGCAGUAGAAUUGGCCAUCACGGAUUGGGCCCGGGAGUGGGCCGUCAGCAUGCAGGCUGGACUGCCGGACCGCCUCCACUCUGACGGCUUGGCUCUCGAAGCGCACGCCCUGCUGCAGCAGGACGAGGAGCGGUGGGCCAAAGCCGCACAGAGAACAAAACCGGCCAUAGCCAAGGCCGUGUUCAGCAAGGAGGCGACAGCGCGUGCCGUGCAGGAGGCCGCCAUGAGCACCACGCGCGCCGUCGUGGAGCAGCAGAACCACGCGCGCAAACUGUUCAUGGAGCACCUGCGCCGCGCCGACACACAGCGCGCCGCCGCCGCGCGGGCCUGGCGCGCGCUGUGUCGCCAGCACGCGCACGAGCACGGUGUCUGGCACGACCCUCGCAGCUACCCGACGUCGUGGCAGCUGGACGACAAGGAGGGUCCGGGUCGGGUGAGGGUCAGGCUCAGGAGGGCACAUCUGAACAUCCCGCCUAAGUUCUUAAAGCCACAGUUUAGGUACAAAAACGAGACAGCCCGCGCGCCGAGUCCGCUGGAGAGCGUGGUGGGGCCGGGCGUGCUGGGCGCGGGCGGGCUGGACGCGGGGCGCGUGCUGCACACGUGCCGCGGCCUGCACGUGUCGGCCGCGCACGAGGCGGCGGGCGAGGUGCUGCUGUCGGCCACGCACGUGCACUUCGUGGCGGACGGCGGCGGCGCGCAGGCCUGGCCGCUGGGCAGCGUGCGCGCGCUGCACACGCGGCGCUGGUGCCUGCAGGAGCGCGCGCUCGAGCUGUUCCUGGACGACGGCCACGCGCACCUGCUGGCCUUCGACGCCGAGGCCGACCGACUCGCCUUCCUCAAGGCGCUCGCCGCCUCCGCCGCGCUGCCCUGCAAGGUGGACGCGGACACGCUGGCGGACGCGAUGGCGCAGUGGCGCAGCGGCAGCAUCACCAACUGGGAGUACCUGAUGCGCCUCAACGGUCUCGGCGGCCGCUCCUACAACGACCUCAUGCAGUACCCGGUGCUGCCCUUCGUGCUGGCCGACUACACCUCCAAGAUACUAGACCUCGACGACCCGAACACCUUCCGGGACCUGUCCAGGCCGGUGGCCGUGCAGGACAAGAAAAGGGAACACCACUACAUCAACACGUAUAAUGACCUGAAGGCUGCCCGGCGCGAAGCCUGCAGCUCGCAGCUGUCCCGGCUGCCGCACCACUACGCGUCCCUGUACUCCAACUCGGGCGCCGUGCUGCACUACCUGGUGCGGCUGCCGCCCUUCACCGAGCUAUUCCUCAACUACCAAGACAACAACUUCGACAUGCCGGACCGCACCUUCCACUCGCUGGCGACCACGUGGCGUCUCAUCACCAAGGAUUCGCCCACCGACGUCAAGGAACUCAUACCUGAACUAUUUUAUCUACCGGAACUUUUUUACAAUAACGAAGGACUGAAUCUGGGCAUACGUCAGUGCGGGGAGGGAAUCGACGAGGUGGAGCUGCCCCCCUGGGCGGCGGACGCCCGGCUGUUCACGCUGCUGCACCGCCAGGCGCUGGAGGCCGCGCACGUCAGCGAGACCCUGCCGCACUGGAUCGACCUGGUGUUCGGGCACAAGCAGACGGGACCGGCCGCGCUCGACGCCAUCAACGUGUUCCCGGCCUGCACUUACUACGGGUUCGACCCCGACGCGCUGGAGGACGAGGUAGACCGCAGCGCGGCCUGCGCCAUGGUGCGCACGUACGGACAGGUGCCGCGCCGCCUGCUGCGCCAGCCGCACCCGCACGCCGCGCGCGAGCUGUCCCCGCCCGGCCCCGCGCCGCCCCGCGCCGCGCCGCCCGUGAGCGCGUGCGUGCGGGGCGCGCGCUGGGGGCGCUACUGCGGCUCGCCCGCGCUGCCGCCGCCCGCGCCGCUGGCCCGCCGCCUGCUGCCCGCCGCCUGCACGCUGCUGGCGCUGCCGCACGCGCGCUCCGUCGCCGUCGCCACCCGCGCCACGGCUCUCUUCGCUCUGCACAAUGACUCUGGUAACCUGGGCCUGGCGCUGGCAUCGUGGGGUCACUCAGACAACAUCGUGCGCAUCAAGCGUCGACGCGAACCCCACUUACCGUUGUUACAGUCCUACCCACUGGAUCAGAUAACAGCCGCGUGCAGCACCGUGGCGGGCGCGGGCGGCGCGUGCACGCUGGCGCUGGGCCACGCGUCGGGCCGCGUGCUGUGCGUGCGCGCGGAGGGCGUGCGGGCCCUGCACGCGCACCGCAGCGCCGUGCGGGCCCUGCACGCGCACCGCAGCGCCGUGCGGGCCCUGCACGCGGCGCCGCGCCAGGCGCUGCUGCUGUCGGCCGCGGCGGACGGCACCGUGCUGCUCUGGGACCUGCACACGUUAGUAUCGCACGAGCCCCCGCCGCGUCCGCACCGGACCUCCGUCUGCAGAUCUGAACGUAACUAUUGCAGGUUGACGUACAUCCGAACCCUGCCCAACCGCGACAUGCUGCCGGUGACCUUGGCGACGAUAAGCGAGACCCUCGGCGACGUGGCCACGGUGCACGAGCUGUCCCCCCGCAGCGCCCCGGUGGACGGCGGGGGGGCGGCCAGGAACAUCCCCGAGCCCGACCACGCCGCCGACACUUAUGAAAAAGACGCACCGCAUAAAUACAAGUCCUUGAUACGGGUUCACACGUGCAACGGGCGGUUUGUUGGUAGCGUGAAGAUAUCAGAGCAGGUGACGAGCAUCUGCUACUCCACGGCUCCCGAGGGGGUCAGCGUGAACAGUGUGGCGGUAGGGCUGUGGGGUGGGGGGGUGCGGCUGUUCUCGUCCUGGGAUCUACAGCCGGUCUGCUCCCUGCCGCCGCUUGUCGCCCAGCUACCGCUGCUCAGCUUAACGUAUAGCAGUGACAACAGCAUUCUCUUCGGCUGCUACGGAGACGGCACGGUGGUCGCGUGGGAGAGCGCACAGGGCAAGCCCGCGCCCGUCCGCAUGCACGCCGCCAGCUCGCUCGUCUGACUCUACCGUCACCACCAGGGCCGGCGCGGGGGACGCGAGGGGCGGCAUGGGGGACGCGGGGGACGGUACGGGGGCCGCGCGGGAGAGCGCACAGGACCUGUCCGCACCGGUCCGCAUGCUCACUCGUCUGACCCCUUCCCUGCCUCCUCUCAAUGCGCCCUGUGUAGCCCAACGAGUACGGGGCGGUGGGCCCGGGGCAUCGGGGCUCGCCAGUAACGAGAUAAGAACGAACUAAUUAUUAGUGUGCCCCCCACGUGUUCGGUACAACUGGGGGCUCGUGACUAGCUGCGGUCCCUUUCUGUAAAAAUAUCAACAAUUUUGUCUUCCAGCAAAGAUACCAAAUAACAUUAAGACUGCAUGCAUAUCGCCAGUUCAGUGUAUUUUUAUAACAAUAAUAAAUAAAAGCAAUAUAAUGGAGUUGUGAAGUGCGGUCCGAACUCGCUGUUUGUAAACUUUAGAUGUUAUGAUACAAUUUCUGUGAUUCAAUAUUGUUAUGAUUACUUACAAUUACUACAAAUUGUAAUAGAACCGUUCCCGGAGCCGAAAUGGGGAUAACUGUUACAAAUUAUCGCAAUAAUAAAACAUAGUAUAAUAAGUGCUAUUAUAAACCUGGAUCGAUCAAUUGCUAUAUAUGCUUACUAAGCCAUACUGCAGAGUAUGCGGAUGCUCUGUCUCGCUCGCACCUGCAGCACUGGACGCGUGCCGUCCCUCUCCCACCUAUGUCAGUCGAAGUGCGCCCGACUCACUCCCACUCCCUAUAUACUAAGAGUGUUACUAUCUGUGAUCAGAUCGCUGCCGGAAAAUUAUCAUUCAUAUCAGUAAAAGUGUAAUACUACCUAUCAAAGAUAUGAGUAUUAGCUACUGCCAUUAGACAAACCCCAUAAACUUACAGCUGAUAAAAAACCUAAUUUUUCAUAUAUUCGGGAUAUCCGGGAAUAUUUCCGGAAGCUCAUCAGUCAUCAGUCACAGAUAGUUGAAAGAACGUAUUUAGCUUUUUUACUUGUGGCAGCUCAGGGUCAUAAAUAAUGAAUCGCUGUACUGACCUAUCGCAACGUGACGUCACGCACUCCAGCUGUCGGGUUGCGCUAGUUAGAUAUGUUUGCGGGCCCAACAAAUAUGACACUAUGAAUAUUAUACAUAAACGUUGUUUUCCUAUUAGGUCAAACUGUGCUCGUUUCGGCGAAUGAUUCAAAUGCAAUCUGUAUACAUACUUGUCUAUGGUUCAAGAUAACAUGUUGCAGCUAAAAUCGACCCUCCACGGCAGUUCAACUGUAAUAAAUAUAAUUUAUAAAUGACUACAUCGAAUCAAAUGAUUGUAGACUAUUCCAAUUUUUUAUCAUAAGAAAAAAUGUCGAUAUAAAUUACAGAGCAAUAAUUUACAAAUAAUUUUGAUGGGACCUAUUUUUUUACAAUAUUAUUAUGUUUGUAUAAAAGACUGCAUUAAAUGAUAUUUCUAAAAA